UAUUUUUGUUUUUUAUUUUUACAGUAAACACCUUUUCGUAAAAAUGUGUUAAUAAAUUUUCAUUUCUGCUCUUUCUUCACUUGCAUAGAAAACUCACUUUUUCAAAGUCAUUAAAAAUUCUUCAUUAAAACUAUAACCUCAUACCUACGAAGAUAAAAACUCUGAUAAUUUUUUCCAUGUUGUUAUUGUUUACAUCUUGAAAAUGAUUACGAGAAAGAUUACGGAAUUGAAGUUCCAUUCGUUUUUGAAGCUUUUGAAAUUUCCUUCAUUUUGUAUAUCUUGUGAAAGGUUUCUAAACAAAAAUACUGUAACCAAGACCAGCCGCGCCGACUUCAGAAUGUCUCCUAAUGUCUUUCGACAAAAAAAAGUAUAUGAUGCUACUGUUCAAGAUGUAUUUAGCGCUUCUUCAAGUACAAAGAUUUUACGGCUUUUAGUUAAAGAAGAUGGAUUUUCUUUUAAAGCUGGGCAAUGGGUAGAUUUUUAUGUGCCUGGCAUCGCAGAAGUUACUGGUUACAGCAUGACAUCACCUCCUAAUGAAGCCAAAGAAAACGGAAUUUUAGAAUUAUCUAUUAAAUAUGGUACAUUUCCUCCGACUUAUUGGGUGCAUACAAAAUGCUCUGGUGGAGAAGAAGUUCAAAUUCGAGUUGGUGGUGAUUUCUAUUAUGAUCCUUUUUGUAAUCAGACAGAAGCUGAAGCUAAUCUUUUAUUGGUUGGUGGAGGAGUUGGUAUUAAUCCCUUGGUUUCAAUAUUGUAUGAAUAUAGUGACAUGCUUAUGGCAAACACUAUUACUAAUCCAGGGAAAGUGCACUUAUUAUAUAGUGCCAAAACAGAAGAAGAGCUUAUCUUUAAAGAAAGUUUUACUAACAUGGAGAAAGAGCAUCCAUCAUUACUUUGUCGAUACUUUGUUACGGGCCAACUUGAAACUAAACAAAGUCCAGGUAUUACAUAUUCCAGAAUAACAAAAGAUGAUGUCAUACAGUCGAUAAGAAAAUUGCAAGCUGAGAAAACAUUAUGCUAUGUUUGUGGGCCAUCCAAUAUGACAGAUGAGGUUGCAAGCUGGCUUCAUGAAUUGGGCAUUGAUAAAGAGCACAUAAGAUAUGAAAAAUGGUGGUGACAUGUGCAAAUGUUUAAUCUAUGUAAAUUAUCUAUAUGUAGGUAUUGUUAAUAAAUUGUACUCAUGAAUAUUUUUGUAAAUUAAAC